AUGACAAGGUCUUUCCUACACUGUCUUCCGAUCCUUCUUUUAUUCUUAUUGAAUGCCGCAAUAAGUGCAGCUGAUUCUUCCAACAACAACGAUCCAAAAACCAAUGUUCGACGGCGACUUGAUGGUUCUACUACUCCGAAGAAUCAUCGAACAACCACGAGAAACAAGUCAGAACACAAGUCCAAGUCAUCCAGCACAAUCAAAGGGGCUGUCGACCGGCAACUGCUCUCAGACAUGCCAAUACGAAAAAGACAACCUGCUGUUUCAAAAGAUGACUUGAAGAUGCCCUUCAUAUCAACAUGGAAGCAAGAACUGUUCGGGUCCGCUGAUAUCCAGGCCAAUGCGCCAACUGACGCACCGAGCGCAUUACCUUCCAACGCACCAAGUGAAGCUGCGACCAAUAAGCCAAGUGGAUCUCCUAGCGCAUUGCCCACCAAUGAACCAAGCCAAAAUGGUAGUACAUUCCCCUCCGCUGCUUCGAGUCAAGCUCCGAGCACAUUGCCCUCCAAUGCACCAAGUGAAGCUCCGACCAAUAAGCCAAGUGGAUCUCCUAGCGCAUUGCCCACCAAUGAGCCGAGUGAAGCUCCGACCAAUAAGCCAAGUGGAUCUCCUAGUGCAUUGCCCACAAAUGAACACAGUGAAGUUCCGUCCACUAGUGCAUUGCCGUCCACUGCACCGAGUCACGCUCCGAGCACUUUGCCGUCCACUGCGCCAAGUCAUGCUCCGAGCACAUUGCCGUCCGAUGCACCAAGUACAGGUCCAACUGCACCUCCCACCGUUAGCCUAGUACCCACCACUGCACCAAGUGAAGCUCCGUCCAUGACGCCAAGUGAUUCUGAAUCUCCCAGUGCAUCGCCCUCCAAUGAGCCAAGCGGAGCUCCGUCCACCAGUGCGUUCCCUUCGCCUACGCCAAGUGACGCACCGAGCACAUUGCCAUCCAAUUCACCAAGUGAAGUUCCGUCCAACGAGCCAAGUGAAUCACCUAGCUUAUGGCCCUCCGACGAGCCAAGUGAAUCUCCUAGUUCUUUGCCCACCGACGAACCAAGUGAAGCUCCUACCACUAGUACAUCCCCCUCUACUGCGCCAAGUGAUGCUCCGAGCAAACCGCCCUCCAAUGCACCAAGUAAAGGUCCGACUGCAUCGCCCACCAUUAGUCUUGUGCCCACUCCUGCACCAAGUGCAGCUCCAACUGCACCGCCUACCGCUACUCCUCUCCGAGUGGCUUGUGCGGGGGAUAGCUUGACGCGGGGGAACAUUGGGGUGUAUCCUGGAGUCGACUACCCUACCCAACUUGAUGAAUUGUUGGGCGCAGGCUUUGACACGUACAACUAUGGAAAAAACUCUGCCAAUGCCAUUGACGGGUUUGGUACACCGUACAUCAAUACCCAAGACUUUCGAGCUUCCAUAACUUUGGGUGCAGAUAUCUAUUUGUUAAUGCUUGGGACUAAUGAUGCCAAAUAUUGGAAGGCUGCCAGUCACAGAUAUGUCGCGGGUAUGGAAUGGAUAAUACGACAAGUUGAAGCAACUUCACCAGGCGUCCGAAUCAUAUUGGCCAUACCACCAUGGGUCAAGACUCCAAACGAUUUUGGAAUCUCGAAUGAUAUUUGGUUCAACGAUAUUCAACCAAUCAUACGGGCGGUUGCCUCAGCACAACAGGUAGAACUGGUGGACAUGUACAAGGUGACUGUCAAUCAACAUGACAUGUACACUGGCGACAAAUUGCACCUCAAUGAAAAAGGAUACGCAGCGCUUGCUCAAGUUUGGCAGAGGCAGAUCUUGUGCAACAAUAAUGGUUUUUGUGAUAUUGGGGAGAGCUGUGAAACAUGUCGUCAAGAUUGCCUUGAGCAAUGCGGAGGGAGGAAAAGACGAAAAGCGAUAAGUGAUAAUGGAAGUGAUUUAAAAAUCAAUGUUCGAAGGCUUGGUUCUACUCUGAAGAAUCAUCGAACAACCACGAGAAACCAGCCAGAACACAAGUCAGAAAAAAAGUCCAAGUCAUCAAGCACAAUCAAAGGGGCUGUCGACCGGCAACUGCUCUCAGACAUGCCAAUACGAAAAAGACAACCUGCUGUAUCAAAAGAUGACUUGAAGAUGCCCUUCAUAUCAACAUGGAAGCAAGAACUGUUCGGGUCCGCUGAUAUCCAGGCCAAUGCGCCAACUGACGCACCGAGCGCAUUACCUUCCAACGCACCAAGUAAAGCUGCGACCAAUAAGCCAAGUGGAUCUCCUAGCGCACUGCCCACUAUUGGGCCAAGCGAAUAUGGUGGUGCAUUCCCCUUAGUUGCUUCAAGUCAAGAUCCCAGUACAUUGCCCUCCAAUGCACCAAGUGAAGCCCAGUCCAACGCACCAAGUGGAUCUCCUAGCGCAUUGCCCACCAAUGAGCCGAGUGAAGCUCCGACCAAUAAGCCAAGUGGAUCUCCUAGUGCAUUGCCCACGAGUGAGGAAAGUGAAGUUCCGUCCACUAGCGCAUUGCCAUCCACUGCGCCGAGUCACGUACCGAGCGAAUUGCCGUCCACUGCACCGAGUCACGCUCCGAGCACAUUACCGUCCACUGCGCCAAGUCAUGCUCCGAGCACAUUGCCGUCCGAUGCACCAAGUACAGGUCCGACUGCACCUCCCACCGUUAGCCUAGUGCCCACCACUGCACCAAGUGAAGCUCCGUCCAUGACGCCAAGUGAUUCUGAAUCUCCCAGUGCAUCGCCUUCCAAUGAGCCAAGCGGAGCUCCGUCCAUCAGUAUGUUCCCCUCCCCUGUGCCAAGUGACGCACCGAGCGCAUUGCCAUCCAAUGCACCAAGUGAAGUUCCGUCCAACGAGCCAAGUGAAUCACCUAGCUUGCGGCCCUCCGAGAAGCCAAGUGAAUCUCCUAGUUCUUUGCCCACCGACGAACCAAGUGAAGCUCCUACCACUAGUACAUCCCCCUCUACUGCGCCAAGUGAUGCUCCGAGCAAACCGCCCUCCAAUGCACCAAGUAAAGGUCCGACCACAUCGCCCACCAUUAGUCUUGUGCCCACUCCUGCACCAAGUGCAGCUCCAACUGCAUCGCCUACCGUUACUCCGCUCCGAGUGGCUUGUGCGGGGGAUAGCUUGACGCUUGGAAGAAGCGGAAAUAGUGGAGCCUCUUACCCUACCCUACUUCAGAGAUUGUUGGGCAGCGCCUUUGGGGUCCGUAACUAUGGAAGAAAUGCUGUCAAUGCCAUUGAUGUGGUUGGUAUACCUUACAUUGGAACCCAUAACUUUGGAUUUUCCUUGGACUUUGAUCCCGAUAUCUAUUUGCUCAUGCUGGGAACAAACGAUGCCAGAUAUUGGAAAGAAGCCAGCCACAGAUAUGCCGCGGGCAUGGAUCGGAUAAUAAAGCAAGUCAAAGCAGCUUCACCAGGCGUCCGAAUCAUUUUGGCGAUACCACCAUGGGUCAAGCCGAACAAUUUUGGAAUCCCCAACGAUAUUUUGGUAAAUAAUAUUGAACCAAUCAUACGGGCGGUUGCCUCAGCACAACAGGUAGAAUUGGUAAAUAUGUACAAAACGACUGUCAAUCAAGAUAACAUGUACAGUUCCGACAACCUGCACCUCAAUGAAAAAGGAUAUGCAGCGCUUGCUCAAGUUUGGGAGAGGCAGAUCUUAUGCAACAAUAAUGGUGUCUGUGAUAUUGGGGAGAGCUGUGAAACAUGUCGUCAAGAUUGCCUUGAGCAAUGUAGUACACCUUAG